GUGUCUCUUCAGAGGUGGAGACACGAACUUGUGUCCACAGCUUUUGUCCCAAACUUUUCCUUUUUGGACAAAAGUGGAUAAUAGUGGACGGACGGAAGGAGGCUGAGAGGACCGGGACCAGGACCAGAAUCGGGGGCUGACCACACCACACCGACACCCGCAUUUAGAAUCCCUCCAUACCCUGCUCCGUCCCGCAGUCCACGCACCGACCCCUCUCCGCGCGUCAGGCCGCCUCUGGGAGCUCGUGUCCCGGUGUAGAAGGCAGCCGCGCCCCGCUGCUUCGCGCUGGUUUCUCAGCAGAACUCCUCUGCUCUGGACCCGUAUCCGUCCGCGGAUCCACUCCUGAGGGGGAAAAAAAGUUCCCUUUCGAACUUUUUUGAGCUCCAAUGAGGCGCGCGCAGCCGAGCGAGAGCGAGCCCAGCUGACGCUCAGUGGUCGGGGAUCGAUCGGUGUGAUCUGCUCGGAUUGCUCCAAGGAGCGGAGAGGACAGACCUGGGUCUGGAUUGGGUCGGACGGGCCGGGAUGGAGGGUCGUCUGUCCCCGGGACGGGCCUCCUCGCCCUGCGGGCUGAGGCUGAUCCUCCUCCCGCUGAUGCUGCUGCUGCUGAGCUGCUGCAGAGCUGAGGAAGAGGUGUUGAUGAACACCAAGUCGGAAACAACGGACCUCCGGUGGACGAACCAUCCUGCGGACAACCCUGAGUGGGAGGAGAUGAGCGGAUUGGAUGAAGAGUUGAACAUGGUACGCACCUAUCAAAUCUGCACGCCCAAAAGUCCGUCCUCCAAUUGGCUAAGGACACGCUGGAUCCCACGGCGGGCGGCGACCACCCUCUAUGUGGAGAUCAGGUUCACCAUGAUGGAAUGUUCUGGCCUGAACCAGCGUCACUGCAAAGAGACCUUCAAUCUUUAUUACUACCAGUCUGACAAGGACGAGGCCACGCCCACUCACCCCGCCUGGAUGGAGAACCCUUACACUAAAGUCGCCACGGUCGCAGCCGACCACCUGCUGCGGCCCGGUGGCGAUCGGCGCUCCAACAUCAAACUGGUGCGCCUGGGACCGCUGCGGGGGGCGGGGCUCUACCUAGCCUUCCAAAGCCAGGGAACCUGCAUGGCGCUGUUGUCCGUGCGCGUUUUCUACAGGAAGUGCUCGUCCCUCCGCCGUGCCUUCGCCUCCUUCCCAGAAACCAUCCCCCACUCUCUGGUUGAACAGGCUCAGGGUGUGUGUGUGGAGAACGCUGUGACGCCGCCUGGAGAGCACUCACAGCCUCCCAGCAUGCUUUGCGGCGAGGACGGGCAGUGGGUGGGGCAGGCGACAUCCAGCUGCGCCUGUCGCCCCGGGUACGAGGCGGUGGAGUCCGACGUGCGAUGUCGAGCCUGUCCUUCGGAUCAUUUUAAGGCGGGACCAGGACCCAGUGGGUGUCGGCCAUGUCCAACGUACAGCAGUACAAAGAUUCCAGGCUCUGCCUACUGCCCCUGUUACUCUGGUUACUACCGAGCUGACUCCGACCCACCACAUGCCGCCUGCACCCGACCGCCCUCAGCUCCCCGCUCCAUCGUGAGUCAGGUCAAUGACACCACAGUUACUCUGGAGUGGAGCGAGCCACUGGACCGAGGAGGAAGAGGAGACUUGACCUACAGAGUCCUGUGCUCCAGCUGUGGGACUGCUAGCAAGGGAUUGGCCGGUUCUUGUUCGCCAUGUGAUGACAGCGUCUUGUACCGUCCGGCGCAGCGCAGUCUGACCCAGCGUCGAGUCGUCGUCUGGGGUCUCCACCAAUACACGCAGUACACUUUCAUUAUCCAAUCCCUGAAUGGCGUCUCUGCUCUCAGCCAAUCAGAGCCGGCCUCGGACAAAGUCAACGUCACCACCAACAGAGACGUUCCCGCCCCGGUGUCCGGUCUGAAGAGGACAGCGUCGUCCGAGACAAGUCUGACUUUGGAGUGGGAUGCUCCGGUUCUGCAAAACCAGUACCACAUCCUGGACUACCAAGUCCGCUAUAGCCCCAAGGACGGCGAGGAGGCGGGUCAGUGGCAGUACGUGUCCAGCAGGUCUUCUUCGGUGGUGCUGACGGGGCUACAUCGGGCGACGCAGUACCAGGUGCAGGUCCGCGCUCGCUCGCAGGCCGGGUACGGAUCGUUCAGCGGCGCGAACAGCUUCAGCACGCAGCCUGACGGUGCGAGGAACUCUCAGCUGGUGGUGAUGGCUGUUCUGGUCUCCAUGGGGAUACUGCUGCUCAUCGCCGCGGCGAUCGUCGCUGUGUACUGUUACCGCAGGAGGAGGACACGCUCAGACAUCAGUGAUAAAAGUGGACACUUCCCAAUGGGACAGACGAUGAAGGUGUACAUCGACCCGUUCACCUACGAGGACCCUAACGAGGCCGUGAGGGAGUUCGCCAAAGAGAUCGAGGCGUCCUUCGUGAAGAUAGAAGAAGUGAUCGGCGCAGGGGAGUUUGGUGAGGUGUGUCGUGGUCGUCUGAGGAUCCCGGGCAGGAAGGAGAACUACGUAGCAAUCAAGACACUGAAGGGUGGCUACACUGAGAAGCAGAGGCGGGACUUCCUGUCUGAGGCAUCUAUAAUGGGUCAGUUCCAGCACCCCAACAUCAUCCACCUGGAAGGCGUCAUUACCACUUCCUGUCCCGUCAUGAUCCUCACAGAGUUCAUGGAGAAUGGAGCCCUCGACAGCUUCUUGAGGAUGAAUGAUGGACAGUUCACGGCCAUCCAGUUGGUGGGGAUGUUGCGCGGGAUUGCAGCAGGGAUGAAGUAUCUGUCGGAUAUGAGCUUCGUCCACAGAGACCUGGCAGCUCGUAACAUCCUGGUCAACUCCAACCUGGUCUGUAAGGUGUCAGAUUUUGGGCUCAGCCGCUUUCUGACGGAAAACUCGUCUGACCCGACGUACACCAGCUCCCUGGGAGGAAAAAUUCCUAUUCGAUGGACAGCUCCUGAAGCCAUUGCCUACAGGAAGUUCACGUCAGCCAGUGAUGCGUGGAGUUAUGGCAUUGUAAUGUGGGAAGUGAUGUCGUAUGGAGAGCGACCAUACUGGGACAUGAGCAACCAGGACGUGAUCAACGCCAUCGAGCAGGACUACCGGCUGCCCCCGCCACCAGAGUGCCCCACCUCCCUGCACGCACUUAUGCUGGACUGCUGGCAGAAAGAACGAGCCAACCGACCGAGGUUCUGUGAUGUGGUUGCGUCACUUGACAGGCUCAUUCGUAACCCCGCCUCCUUGAAGGUGACGCACCCGGAGGGCCCGAGUUCGUCCCAGCCUCUGUUGGACCAGCGUGUCCCUCCUCCUCUCUCCGCCUGUGGUUCUGUUUCUGAGUGGCUUCGGGCCAUAAAAAUGGAGCGAUACGAGAUGAGCUUCCUGCAGGCUGGUUUCACGAGCCUGGACAUCGUCUCACAGCUCAACACUGAAGACCUGCUCAGAGUGGGCGUGACCCUCGCCGGCCACCAGAAGAAAAUCCUUUCCUCCAUUCAAACGCUCAGGAUACACAAGACUCCACCCACCAUUCUCUACUGACCAACCACAGCCCUGCCCUGGCAAACUGUCCAACAACAAAACACUCAGGAUGCUGAGCCAGCCCAUUCUUUUGUUUUUCAAUCAGAAAGCCUCAGGACCAGUAAGACUAUGCCUCCUGAUGGUUGGACCAGUGAAAUGCCCUGAGCUGUUUUAAAAAGCACAAAGAACACUAAAAGAAUUAAUCCAGCUCUGUUUGCAUCAUUGUUUGACUCCACCCACCCUCUUAUUCUGGCCAAUCAGAACCAAGGACAGAUUUGACUGACUCUUUGAAGGAGCGAGAACAUGGCUGGUCAGCACUCAGGAUGUAUGUAGCCCUGCCCGCUUUGCCAAACCACUACGGCCAUUCCACUGCUCAGGAAACACAAGGCUUCUCAUACUUGGUCAUUUUAUAAUCUGGCCUCCUGCUAACAGUUGCCUGGCCAAUUGGCAUCCAACACAGCCAUGACAUAGGAAGUAAUUCCCUAAUGCCGAUUCCAUAAAGCCUUCUUGUACGUAACUAAGCCCUUCCCACUGCAUUAAGGGACAGCUGGGAUUGGUUCCUGGCCCUGUCCAUCACACAGUCACAGCAGGAUUGAGAUAAAACGGAGAGAACCUUCUCAUGGAGGAGCCGAAGCUGCUGAGGAUGGAGACAAGCUACUAAUAGGGAAAGAGAUUUUUGUACGAGUUCUUAUUUCCAAGGAAUAUUCGGGGAUUUUACACACACACACAUAUAUAUAUAUAUAUGAACAUUUUGAGGAAAUGUAAAUGUAAAAACAUUUUCAGAGAAUGGAACCCCUGUGCACAAAUCAUUUUGAUUCCGAGGAAUUCCAAAGUGGCUGGUUGGUAGUCUCCAUCAUGACGGCAAUAUCUACCCGAGGAACAUAAGGACAACCUGAGGGAACUUGUGUGGAGACAUGUCAAUAUGUUCAAGAAACAUCCGCGUAUCGCACUCUUCGUGAUCAGGGAGGAAUUACCUGGGAUUGCCACAGGAAUCACCAGUGAAACUUUAAAGGGAAUCUUUGUGAAUCUUUGAGAACAUUGCCCAAACUGAAUGGGAUUUCUUUUAAAAAAAGAUAUUCUGUAUUCAAAUUACUGUGAUUCUUCAGGUGCUGAAAUCCGCCCAGAAUGCUGGGAGGCUUUCAGGAAGAAUAUUUACGUCUCACUACAGGACCAGCAUGGUCUUAAGUCCACUUAUCGUGAAGUUGUAAGUAAUCAAGUGUACUCUCUUGAGCCUGGAUUUCCACACUGAGGGAUCUAAAACUAUUUUUUUUUAAACUUUAAAGUGACAUUUAACCAAAAAUGUUAAUAUCAAACACAGUGAAGUGAAAUACAGGAGCUUAAUGUGAUCAGUGACAAUGUUGAGAACAGAGUCAUUGGCCGAUAGGAAGCAGUUGACCGAUCCCAGAGUGUGGGAGCAGACUCAGGUUUGAUGACCACACCACAAAUACUGGAACUGUUAGAUUGUUUGUUGAUGGUUUUGUAUUGUAGCACUUUUUUUACCUGACAUUUGAACACGAUCAUGUUUUUAAACAGCAGCAGAUCAUUGUUUUUAUAUUAAACAUACAUUUCAGGAAAAAAGAAAAAGAAAAUCUGUCUUUUUCAUUGUGUACCACAAGGAGGGGGUAAAAAAAAACUCAGGAGCAAAGGUCACAUCUGAAAUCAUACCCUCAUU